AGGCCACAUAUCGGGUGUCGUUAACGUGCGUGCCGUGUGUUAAGACGAGAGGCGUGGUAUCGUUUUGGUUAGCCGCGACUGUUGUCAGACAUUUACCGGGAUAAGAGUGAUCGGUAGUGUCGGAAUCAUGCUCGGACGUCUCCCCGCGUGUGUCAUCGAUGUGGGCACAGGGUACACGAAACUGGGAUUUGCUGGUAAUAAGGAACCCCAGCUGACAAUACCGUCGGCGAUUGCUAUCAAAGAGACAGCUAAAGUCGGCGAUAAUAAUGCAAGAAGAAUUACAAAAGGUGUGGAAGACUUGGAUGCUUAUAUUGGAGAUGAAGCUUUCGAAGCCACUGGAUAUUCGGUUAAAUAUCCAGUGAGGCAUGGUUUAGUAGAGGAUUGGGAUUUGAUGGAAAAGUUUCUACAACAAUGCAUUUUCAAAUACUUAAGGUCAGAGCCUGAGGAUCAUUAUUUUCUCUUAACUGAACCACCUUUAAACACGCCAGAAAAUCGGGAAUAUACCGCGGAAAUUAUGUUCGAGUCGUUUAAUGUACCGGGACUUUACAUAGCUGUGCAAGCUGUUCUAGCUUUAGCAGCCUCAUGGACAGCUAAGAACGUAGAGGACCGUACUUUGACAGGUGUCGUUGUUGAUAGUGGAGAUGGUGUAACUCAUGUGAUUCCAGUAGCAGAAGGUUUUGUCAUAGGAAGUUGUAUAAAGCACAUUCCUAUCGCUGGUCGCGAUAUUACAUAUUUCAUACAAAGUCUACUGAGAGAACGAGAGAUUGGAAUACCGCCUGAACAAUCAUUGGAAACAGCAAAGUCAAUCAAAGAGAAAUACUGUUACAUAUGCCCAGAUAUAUCGAAGGAAUUUGCCAAAUAUGAUAGCGAUCCUACGAAAAUUAAGAAAUAUGAAGGUAUUAAUAAUAUCACCAAACAACCUUUUGUAGUAGAUGUUGGAUACGAAAGGUUUCUCGGACCGGAAAUAUUUUUCCAUCCUGAAUUUUCCAAUCCGGACUUUACAACACCACUCAAUGAAAUUGUUGAUGACGUGAUUCAAAACUGCCCAAUCGAUGUUAGAAGACCAUUGUACAGUAAUAUUGUAUUAUCGGGUGGCUCCACCAUGUUUAAAGACUUUGGUAGACGAUUGCAACGCGACAUAAAAAAAAUCGUCGACACUCGGCUUAAACUCAGUGAAACGCUAAGCGGCAGCCAUAUUACGCCAAAACCAAUAGAUGUUCGUGUAAUAUCACAUCAUAAGCAACGUUGUGCAGUAUGGUAUGGUGGUGCAUUAUUGGCCAGUGAUCCAGAAUUUUACACGGUUUGUCACACAAAGAAGGCAUACCAAGAGUACGGUCCUGGAAUUUGUCGUUAUAAUCCCGUAUUUCAUAGUAUGGUUUAAGAAAUAAAUGGGGCGAGCAUGAUAAUCGAAAUCAUUUCUAAGAGUAUUGUCAUUUAUGAAUUUAAGGAUUAUCUGAUAAUAUUUACUUCGUUUUUUCUAACAUGGUGCUAAAUGCAAUUAAAAAUAAUUCAAAGAUUC